GUUGAUGCUGGAGCGCGGAGCAGCGAGUCUGUCAGUCCCGCUCUGCAGCAGCUCAGGGCGGCCGCUCAUCAACAUCCUCUCGGCGUUCGCGGAGCCGGAACGCGGUGCGACUCCGAGCCCACGGAGAGCGACACCGCUGCAGCCUCGCCCCCCGUGGGGGGAACACCUCCGUUGACAUGAGGACAUCUGCUGCAGCGAGUUGUUCCAGAGGGCGGAGCGGGAAGCCCGGGCGCUGUGGCUUUUCUCCCAGCGAGUGGUGAUGCGGCAGCGGAGCGCCUCCGUCAGAUUCAUCAUGACCUUUUCCAUCACCGAGGGACCUCAGAGCUUUUUUCUAUCUGGAUUUACCAUCACAGGGAUGAGAUAAUAGUCAGCCUGUCGGUACAUGUUGCUGCAGAAACCCUUGUGGCUCCCGUGAACUCACCCCGCCCCGAGUUAAGUUCAUUUCAUCGGUGGAACUAUGACAACGCCGACUCUGCUGCCACUGUCGGGCCGCAGGAUACCCACUCUGUCGCCGGGCGCCUCCUCCUUCCCCCACCACAGGGCCACUUUGAGGCUCUCGGAGAAGUUCAUCCUUCUCCUCAUACUCAGUGCCUUCAUCACUUUAUGCUUCGGGGCCUUCUUUUUCCUCCCGGACAACUCUAAACACAAGCGCUUUGACUUGGGCUUGGAGGACGUGCUCAUCCCUCACAUCGACUCGCCGAGGGAGGGGAAGCAUUCUCCGGGACAAAUGGUCAUACACGGACAAGGACGGCACGACGAGAACAGACACCGGGAGGAGGUAGCAAGCCUGCGAGAUAAGAUCCGUGCAGACCACGAGCGAGCGCUGCAGGAGGCAAAGGAGAAGCUGCGGAAGUCGCGUGAGGAGCUGCAGGCCGAGAUUCAGACCGAGAAGACAAAAGUCAUGGAGGACUUGAAGAAGAAGGACCCGGGGCCUAAGCCCCUGCCACCCGUCCCCAUGCCUAAGGUGGUUGGUGUCAGUGACGGAGAGCCACCCGAGCCCGACGCCAAAGAGAAACGGGACAAGAUCAGAGAGAUGAUGAAGCAUGCGUGGGACAGCUACAGGCAGUAUGGCUGGGGUCACAACGAGCUCAAGCCCAUCGCUAAGAAAGGACAUUCCACAAACAUCUUUGGUAGUUCUCAAAUGGGAGCGACCAUUGUAGACGCUUUAGACACGCUGUACAUCAUGGGCCUGCACGAGGAGUUCAAAGACGGCCAAGAGUGGAUCGAGCAGAAUCUGGACUUCAGUGUGAAUGCUGAGGUGUCUGUGUUUGAGGUCAACAUUCGGUUCAUUGGAGGACUCCUGGCUGCGUACUACCUCUCUGGACAGGAGGUGUUCAAACUGAAAGCUGUCCAGCUCGCUGAGAAGCUCCUCCCUGCCUUCAACACCCCCACUGGGAUCCCCUGGGCCAUGGUCAACCUGAAGAGCGGUGUUGGCCGGAACUGGGGCUGGGCAUCAGCAGGAAGCAGCAUUCUGGCUGAGUUUGGGACUCUGCACAUGGAGUUUGUUCACCUGACCUACCUGACAGGAAACCCCGUCUACUACCAGAAGGUGAUGCACAUCCGUAAACUGCUGGCCAAAAUGGACCGGCCCAAUGGCCUUUACCCCAACUACCUGAACCCUCGCACGGGCCGCUGGGGCCAGCAUCACACUUCAGUUGGAGGGCUGGGCGACAGUUUUUACGAGUACCUGCUGAAGGCCUGGCUCAUGUCUGACAAGACGGACACAGAAGCUCGCAAGACCUACGAUGACGCCGUGGAGGCCAUCGAGCGCCACCUUGUACGCAAGUCCAAUGGCGGGCUGACUUUCAUCGGCGAGUGGAAGAACGGCCACCUGGAGAGGAAGAUGGGCCACCUGGCCUGCUUCGCCGGUGGCAUGUUCGCACUCGGCGCCGACGGCUCGCCCGACGACAAGGCCGGACACUACCUGCAGCUCGGAGCGGAGAUCGCACACACCUGCCAUGAGUCCUACGACCGCACAGUGCUGAAGCUCGGCCCGGAGGCCUUCAAGUUCGACAGCGGCCUGGAGGCGGUGGCUGUGCGGCAGAACGAGAAGUAUUACAUCCUGCGGCCGGAGGUGAUCGAGACGUACUGGUACAUGUGGAGGUUCACCCACGAUCCCAAAUACAGGCAGUGGGGAUGGGAGGCGGCACAGGCCAUUGAUAAGUACUGCCGGGUGAGUGGGGGCUUCUCAGGAGUGAAGGACGUGUACUCGUCCAACCCGACCUACGAUGACGUCCAGCAGAGCUUCUUCCUGGCCGAGACUCUCAAGUAUCUCUACCUGUUGUUUUCCAGUGACGACCUGCUGCCUCUGGAGAGCUGGGUGUUUAACACAGAAGCCCACCCCCUCCCUGUCCUCCACCUGGGAAACAUCACCCUGCCUGGCAGUGAGCCUGCUCAGCGGUAGAUAGACCCCCCCCCCUCCCCCCAGACUUUCUGCCGCAUCACAAGACAAAGACACCCCCCCCCUCCACCAACACCAGAGACACCUUCACUGAGACUCCUCUGCGUUUGGACACGAGCCGGGGAGACGAGAGAAUGGACUCUG